GUUAUUAAACGUCCGACGGUUAAUAUUUGCAAUCUCUUAUACCGAUACGAUAGUGAUAUUUGUUUUUGAAUCGUUAUAUGAAAGAUGGCAAAAAUUGUGUUUACAGAAAUGUAUCCAAUGCUUCGAAAUUCAUUGUUUAUUAGCAAUAGGAAAUGGUUUUCUACGUCGGCUUUGAUAUCUUAUGAGAAAAAAAAUGAACCUACAAUCAAAGAUGUAAAGGCCACAAUAAUGGAUCCUGUAGAGCAAGAAGAGAAGAGAAAAUUGCAGCAAAAUAUUACAGUACCUGCUUCAAGUGAUAUAUCUCCAGUAACUGGUGUUCCUGAGGAACAUAUCAGAACAAGACUUGUAAGAAUAUUUAAACCAGCCAAAAAUCCAAUGCAGUCAGGUACAUUUAAUACACGGAAAUGGAAGAUGGAAUUCGAAACUAGACAGCGAUGGGAAAAUCCACUGAUGGGUUGGAGUUCCACAGGUGAUCCAUUAUCCAACAUGAAUGUUCAGUUUUCAAGCAAGGAAGAAGCAAUAGCAUUUUGUGAAAAAAAUGGUUGGCCUUACUAUAUAGAAGAACCAGCUCCAGUUAAACCUAAAACAAAGAGUUAUGGUGCCAAUUUUGCUUGGGAUAAAAGAACCAGAGUUUCUACAAAAUAAAUUUUAUAUAUAAAUACUGUAGUUCACCAAUUAUGAACUGUAGUACUCUCCAUUUUGUCUGAUGUAUGUACCUAUGCAAGACUCUUUAUUGUAUCAUAGAAAUGUUCCAAAAUUUAUCCAAUAAAUCAGUUUUAAAAAAAGCU